AUGACUCCUAAAACACGGUCACUUAUUAAUAACAAGAGUCCCAUUGAUAUCGAACCCUAUAAAAGUAAAUUUUUUACAAGUGUCUAUAGUUCCGAAGAAUCUUCAAUAGAAGGUUUAAAACAAAAAAGUAUUAAUGAAACUACUACAGAAGAUGAAAGUGAGGAAGAAUUAAAACUAAGUUCAAGAGGUCUUGUUCAAAUUGUAGGUUCAUUGGAUAUAUCGUUGUUGGAUAAUGACGCUCCUUUAUUAUUCAAUAAUCAAGUCGAUGAAUUUGACGUUGCUUUAGAUCCUCCCUCUAACUCGCUACAAUUAACAACACGUAACGUUCGUAAAUAUGAUGAUCCAUCGGAAAAUAAAAGACGAAGACUGCUAUUGGUAUCAUUACUAGAAAACUUUUGUUUAUUAUAUGAUACAAAUCCAGAAAGAAAUCAUGAACUAUUUUAUCUUAUAUGUAAAAAUUUAAGUACUAUGGGUAUAAUUGAAGAAGAGCACAUUGAUGAGAUGUCUACCGUCCGCUCCUCUUAUCAACGUGCUUUCAAAGCUUUGGUCAUACAAGCUCUUAAUUCAAUUAAACAAGAACGUUUAAUGAAGGAAUCUCGUUUACUUAUGCCUUCUUGUCCAGAAACUGAUUUAGAUAAGCCCGAUAAACAUUCUCCUCAUGAUAAUAAACUUCCUUAUUCUGCAAAAACAAAAAAAGAUAACUCAAACUCAAAAGUUUUAAAAAAUCUUUCGUUCGGUGAUAUUUUGGACCUUGAGAAUAGUCGUUACUCCAAUGAUUUCAUUGAACUUAAAUUAUUAGGUAAAGGUGGAUUUGCAAGUGCUAAAAAUAAAUUAGAUGGUAGAGAAUAUGCCAUUAAAAAAAUCAGAUUAAGAGGUGAUAAAAUUCCUGAAGAAAAAGAAAAGAUAUUUCGUGAGAUUAAAAUCCUUGCAAGAUUAGAACAUACAAAUGUUGUGCGUUAUUAUAGUUCAUGGCUCGAACAUAUCAGUAGUAAACAACGUAGUAACGAAGAUGAGACAUCAUUAUUGUUAAAUUCCGAAGAAAAUUCUUCGCGUGUUGAAAGUUCAAAUGGAUAUCAUUCUGAUAACGAGUCUAGUAUCAAUUCAAACCAAGAUAGUUCUGAUAUUUUUAGAAUGUCUUUUUCUGAUGAUGAUGGAAUUGAUUUUGUUGAUGAUAUUUCUGCGGCUGGAAAAUUAAAUAGUGAUUUUAAUAACACUCCUACUCACACCACCAACACCAACUAUAUUUAUAAUAAAAAAAAUAAUAACAGACUUUCCCAAAACUAUGAUACUUUUAAAGCCGAUAAAAUAAGCCAUUCUCAUAUUCCCAAAGAUGUUGAAUCUUUGAAUCUUGAGAAAGAUUGGGUGCUUUUCAUUCAAAUGCAGUUAUGUAAUAGUACAUUGCGCGAUUAUUUAAAAAAACGUGAUGCCAAUAUAUUGGCGCCAACAACUGAUCUGUUAAGCUCCGUUGAUCAUAACAUCAUAAUCGAUUUAUUUAGAGGCAUAGUACGUGGGGUUGCAUACAUUCACGAUCAAGGGUUGAUUCAUCGAGAUCUCAAACCCGGAAACAUAUUUAUUGGUGGCCUUGCAGAUGGUGGGCAAGAUAAUUUGGUUGUUGCCAAUAAUUUAUUAUCUUUUUCUAAUGAACGAGUAGUGCCAAAAAUCGGCGAUUUUGGAUUAGUAACUGCAGUAGAUGGCGAUCACACCUACUCAACAAUUGAUAAUUCAAUAAACAGAGGAUUAAAAGGAUGCGUAGAAAGUGAUCAUGGUUUAAAAAUUAAUAACAAAAGGCAUGAACGUGCUCAAGUUAUUAAAAAUCUAAGAAAUGGAAUAUUACCUAAAGGGUUUGUUAAAAGAUUUCCAAAAGAGGCAGCAUUCAUUUUAUGGAUGAUGGCAGAAGAUCCCGAUAAGAGACCAAGUGCAAAACAAAUUCUAGAUUUUGAAUUAUUGUCAGAUUCAAAUCAAGAAGAGCAUUCUAAAAUACAACUUAGACUUGUUGAAAGUACACAUAAAUUAGAAAUGGUAACACAAGAAAAUGAAAUUUUAAAGAAAAAAGUUGCAGAAUUAGAAGAAAAAUUAAAAAAAUAUGAAAAUCUCAUUACUUAUAAUACAAAAGGGGCUUCAUAG